UAUCAAUCCUUGUCUUUUUGUACCUGAAUUUGAAAAAUGUCAAAACCCCUAUUUUGAACUUCUAUAAAGAUUGUUUCUUUAGUGAGAUGGAAAGGGAUUUGAAAAGUAUUUUUUCCCUUCUGGAAGCUGACUUUCAUGAGAGUUAGAUUUAGAUAAACCACUAAUGAGAGAGAUUGAUUGAUUAAUGGUACUAAAGAAAUAGAGUAGUUGGUGGUUUAGUGGGAAGAAUGUUGAAUACCCUGAAACGUUUUCUCCACUAAAGAUUAUAUUUUUGCUUUUUAAAGGCAUGACAAGCCAAGGAUUUUGCUGAUGAAGAUGAUCUUGGGAUAGACUAAAAAGGAAGCUUUUUUGUCAGUUUGAUUUGAUGGGGACAGUUCUUGCUGUUGCUUUUCUGUUCUUGAACUUGCUGCUGCUUCCUGAUUCUUCAUUUUCACAUCCGUUGUGCACUAAUUCAAGGGCUCCUUUUACCUUGAAUACCACUCUGAGUUUUUGCCCCUACAACAAUGGAAGCACUUGCUGCAGUUCCACACAAGAUAUGCAGCUGCAGAAGCAAUUUCGACGCAUGAAAAUCUCCGAUUCUGGCUGCGGUUCUCUCUUGAAAUCGAUCGUUUGCGCUAGAUGUGAUCCAUUCUCAGCAGAUCUAUUUACAAUCAGUUCUAUUCCGCGGCCAGUUCCUGUUCUCUGCAAUUCCACGGUUUCAGCAACUUCAUCCCAGUCUGGCCAGUCUGUAAAUGACUUUUGCUCUAAAGUAUGGGAUACAUGCUCAAAUGUGUCUAUAUCAAAUUCACCUUUUGCACCUUCACUUAAAGGCCAAGCUGGAUUACCUGUCAAUUCCAACAUCACGACAUUGUCUGACCUAUGGCAGUCAAAAUCCGAUUUUUGCGAAGCAUUUGGUGGAGCAUCAACGGAUGGAUCAGUUUGUUUUACUGGUGAACCUGUUAAACUCAAUGCCACUGAAUCACCUACUCCACCACAUGGUCUGUGCCUUGAAAAAAUUGGAAAUGGAUCUUAUCUCAAUAUGGUUGCUCACCCCGAUGGGUCCAACCGUGCAUUCUUCUCUAGCCAACAAGGUAAGGUUUGGUUGGCGACUAUUCCCGAGGAGGGAUCUGGAGGAACAAUGGGAAUCGACGAGUCUACUCCUUUUAUUGAUCUAACAGAUGAAGUUUACUUUAGCAGUGCAUUUGGGAUGAUGGGUAUGGCAUUUCAUCCGGACUUUGCACAGAAUGGUCGGUUCUUUGCUUCGUUUAAUUGUGAUAAGGUCAGGUGGCCAGGAUGCAUGGGAAGAUGUUCAUGUAAUACCGACGUGAACUGUGAUCCCUCAAAGCUACCUCCUGAUAAUGGCGCACAGCCAUGUCAAUAUCAUACUGUUAUCGCGGAGUAUAGUGCUAACAAUACAGCGGUUAAUGCUUCCUCGGCAACAACUGCUAAACCAUCGGAAGUACGAAGGAUAUUUACGAUGGGCCUUCCGUUCACAGCUCAUCAUGGAGGACAGAUUCUCUUUGGACCUACAGAUGGAUAUUUAUACUUCAUGAUGGGAGACGGCGGUGGACCAGAUAAUUCAGGUGAUCCUUACAAUUUCUCACAAAACAAGAAAUCAUUGCUCGGAAAGAUCAUGCGGCUGGAUGUUGACACUAUACCAAGCGCAGAAGAUAUUAGUAAGCUUGGUCUAUGGGGAAACUAUUCUAUUCCUAAAGAUAAUCCUUUUAGAGAAGACAAGGGUUUACUGCCAGAAAUAUGGGCAUUAGGCAUGAGAAAUCCUUGGCGGUGCAGCUUUGAUUCCGAAAGACCAUCCUACUUCAUGUGUGCAGAUGUUGGGCAGGAUGUUUUUGAAGAGGUGGAUGUGGUCACAAAAGGGGGAAACUACGGAUGGCGAACUUAUGAAGGCCCCUAUCUUUAUAACGCUCCAUCAUCGCCUGGCGGAAAUACAUCUGCAAACUCCAUAACCCCAAUUUUCCCUGUUAUGGGAUAUAAUCACUCUGAAGUAAACAAUAAUGAAGGAUCAGCAUCAAUUACCGGAGGCUACUUUUAUCGCUCAAAUACUGAUCCGUGCAUGUAUGGAAGGUACUUGUAUGCAGAUUUAUACGCAAGCGCGCUAUGGGCAGGGGCGGAAACACCUGAAGAUAGUGGAAACUUUACGAGCACGAAAAUUCCUUUUAGCUGUGCAACAGAUUCUCCCAUAGAAUGCACAUCUGUUCCGGGAAGCAGUCUUCCAUCUUUGGGAUACAUUUUCUCAUUCGGAGAGGACAACAAGAAAGACGUGUACAUCCUCGCCAGCAGCGGUGUUUAUAGAGUUGUUCGGCCAAGUCGCUGCAAAUACACCUGCACAAAAGAAAACGCAACCGCCGGUAGAAUCCCAAGCCCUGCUACUACUACCAAUACUACUACACCUCCUUCGUAUGCAAGCCACUUACAUCAUUCAUAUAACAGUAUUGUGGUAAUAUUAUCUUCUUUGUUGCUGCUUUUGCUGGGUGUCAUCUAGCAUUUCAUGACAGCUCUGUGUAAUUUGAACAUCUUUUUCCAGUUUUUAACUGUUAUUUAAUGGAAUUUUUGUGUGUUAAA